AAGCAGAACCACCGCGACGGAACCGUGGCGUCAGACGACUCUUCAAGUCUUAAUCACGUACAGCCGGUCCCACAGAAUGGGAACAUGUCAGUACUACCCGGGUACGUGAGAUUUGAUGAUGAUAGUAGAGUUAAAAUCAACUUGAAUUCAAGGCCAAAAUCUGAAAUUAAACAUCUAAAGAGGAAACUAGUGAAUGAACUUCAUCAAGUUAGAAGCUUGCGAAAGAAACUUGAUUCCAUAGAAAUGUCUCAAUCUUCCUUUAAUGAUAAUCUUAAUAAUAGAAUAACAGGUAAUAGUGGUGGUCAUAGAAUUGAAACUCUUGAUAGGGUUAAUUCUGAAGUUAGUUAUGUGGGACACACCAAUUCGCGGCCGUUGGAUGGUAAUGAGAAGAAGAAAACCCCGGUGAAUUCGAACAAGAAGUUGAAACAGUGUGGCGGUGGUGGGGGACAAGGGGUGGCGGUGGAGUUCAGUAAAUAUUUGGUUAAAGAGUGUGGGGAGUUGUUAGGGAAGUUAAUGAAACAUCAAUAUGGAUGGGUGUUUAAUGUGCCAGUGGAUGUGAAAAUGUUGAAGUUGCAUGAUUAUUUUAAGAUUAUUAAGCAUCCAAUGGAUUUAGGGACAGUGAAGAGUAGGCUGAGUAAGAAUUGGUAUAAGUCGCCAAAGGAGUUUGCUGAGGAUGUUAGGUUGACUUUUAAUAAUGCUAUGAAGUAUAAUGAGAAAGGGCAGGAUGUGCAUACAAUGGCAGAUACAUUGUUGAAGAUUUUCGAGGAGAAUUGGGCUAAUUUUAAGGCUGAAACUAAUUUUGAUAAGAGGGGGGAGAUGGGGUACGAUGCUAGCUUGCAAACACCUGCGUCAAAGAGAGCUUCAGGUCCUCAUGCUUCAUCCCCUGCUUGUGGUUCUGCUUCUGCCUGUGCUCCCAGUCCUGCUCCUUUUCAACAGACAAUGCCUUUAGAGACGAGAACUUUGGGUGGAACAGAUUCUUUGACAGAGCUUGGGCAUCCAAAUAUGAAAGCUGCUGAUCAGGGUAGGGCAUCAGUGUCGAAGAAGCCUAAGAAGGACACUGACAAAAGCAAAAUGACUUACGAGGAGAAGCAGAAACUGAGUAUAAGCCUGCAGAGUUUACCUUCAGAGAAACUAGAAUCAGUUGUCCAGAUUAUUAGGAAGAGGAAUCCUGGGCUUUUUCAACAAGAAGAUGAGAUUGAAGUGGAUAUUGAUAGUUUUGAUAAUGAAACACUUUGGGAACUUCAUAGUAAUGUAACCAAUUACCGGAAGAGUAUAAGCAAGAAUGACAGAGAAGCUAAAGUUGCUCUUCAAGAUAGAGAAGAAGGUGGCCACGAUAUGCUCGGGACUAAAUUGACAUCUGCUACUGCAGAGGCACCAAAGGAACUUGGAUCAGCAGUACAAAUGACUGUUCCCGCCUCUUCACCUAUUAAAGAGCAUAAGCAAGGCCAUUGUAUGAGCAGAUCACGUUGUUCAAGCAGUUUUGGCAGUGGCUCCAGAUCUUCUUCAAGUGGCUCUGAUAUUGAUAGUUCAUCAGGAUCUGGGUCAGAUGCAGGUCGUUGACAUAGGAGUUAGUAGAUUCAAUUCAGGCAGGGGCAUCAUCUUUGGUUAGAAUCCUAAUCGUCUCUUCUUUAUCUAUCAUUCAUGGUAAUUGUAAAUUUUCCAUUCAACCUUGACGAUAUUGGACAUUUGCCUGUCAAAAUAAUCAUUAUGGAAGCAUUAGCUGCUCGUUAAUUUUC